AUGGAGGAUACUUACAGUAUUGAUCGCGAGAAGAUGUACGUGCGGAUCGGAGAUACUGGCGAAUGGCAGGAGUGGGACGCCAAAGACGCGCUGGAUCAGUAUCACCGCAAGAGAAUGGAUCUUGCCGGCCAACAUGAAGUCGCCCAGGCAAGUUUCUCCAUCAUGGUGAAGCACCGACUCUGGAACAAGGCUUUGGAGACGAGGAAACGUCUUGAUACCGUCACUCAAGCUCGGCAGAAGUGGGACGCGGACGCCAUCAAUCUCGAGACGCUUUACGACAGGGCCGAGGGGGGGCAGAUACGGCGCACGGCCAGCAGCAAUCAGUGGAGAAGCCGUGAACAAGGAGAGCAGCUGAGGUGGGGCCAGCCAACGCUGCUUGCCGGUCACUCCAUGCUGCCGAUUGCCCUCCGUGCGUCUCGACACCCCAGUCCCCACCCAUCAAGCAUUACGGCGAGGACUCUCCUGAAUCGGGUCCCAACGGAAGUGUCCCACAACAAUGGCUGGCACAGCGCAGAGGCACCUCUCAUCAUGCACUGGGCUGACCUCGAUUGCACAGAGCAGAUCUGCGAGCCCAUCAGCAACACCCAGACGGUCCAAGACAUACUUCGAGCUCUCAGCAGCACCGUUUUGGGUGAAGACCAUCCCGUCAUCCUCCGCAAAGGUUCACUUUCUGACUCCGAGGCGGACGCACUUGAGCGGCUGAUCAACUCUGGCGGCAGACAGUAUGACAAGCCUCCCAGGCUUGAAGAUGUGCUGAAGACGACAGGGUAUCCCUUCUUCGGGGUGGAAGUCUACCAAGCGCCCUUCAACGACUCGAGCAAAGUGACUUCGACUUUCCAUCCCGGCGGAGUCGACUGGAUUAUUGGCUGGGCGGAAAGUGAGCUGAAUUGCACUCAGCAAGAAUGGUCACAGAGGCAGUCCCAUGGCACUCGCAACCGACCGAGGUUGACUCUGGCCGUCAAGAUCUCGAGCCUGUCGCCGCCUUCCGUUGACGUGACUCCUGCGGGUCCCGUCUGA